UUAUGCUAAAAGAGUUUUCCAAAAAUCAACGUUCAAAGUUCAAAACCCUUUCAGAGUUUCUUCCAAAAUCUCUCUCUUCAUUCCGUGCUGUUGCUAGGGUUUGAGUAGAUUGAUAGCCAUGUCGUUGAGGCCGAACGCCAGAACCGAGGUUCGCCGGAACCGAUACAAGGUCGCCGUCGAUGCGGAGGAAGGUCGGAGACGGAGAGAGGACAACAUGGUUGAGAUCAGAAAGAGCAAACGUGAAGAGAGCUUGCUCAAGAAGCGUCGCGAAGGUCUCCAAUCGCAGCAGUUCACUCCCAACAUUCAAGCGUCUACCAUGGAAAAGAAGUUAGAAAGUCUUCCUUCCAUGAUUGCUGGGGUUUGGUCAGAUAACGGCAAUUCACAGCUGGAGGCAACUACUCAAUUUCGUAAAUUGCUUUCUAUAGAACGUAGUCCCCCAAUAGAGGAAGUUAUACAAUCUGGUGUUGUUCCCCGAUUCGUGGAGUUUCUUAUGAGGGAGGAUUUCCCACAGCUUCAGUUUGAGGCUGCAUGGGCACUUACGAAUAUUGCUUCUGGUACCUCGGAGAAUACCAAGGUGGUAAUUGAUCAUGGGGCAGUCCCUAUUUUUGUGAAGCUUCUGGGUUCUCCAAGUGAUGAUGUUCGUGAGCAGGCUGUGUGGGCAUUGGGGAAUGUUGCUGGCGACUCCCCUAGGUGCCGUGAUCUUGUUCUGGGCCAUGGAGCUUUGAUUCCCUUGCUGGCACAGUUGAAUGAGCAUGCCAAGCUUUCAAUGCUGAGAAAUGCUACAUGGACGCUAUCAAACUUUUGCAGAGGCAAGCCACAGCCCCCGUUUGAGCAGACGAGGCCAGCACUUCCAGCCCUCGAGCGACUAGUUCAUUCCAGUGAUGAAGAGGUGCUGACAGAUGCAUGCUGGGCUCUAUCAUACCUCUCCGAUGGUACGAACGACAAAAUUCAAGCUGUGAUUGAGGCAGGUGUCUGUCCACGACUUGUUGAACUCCUCCUUCAUCCAUCUCCUUCAGUCCUCAUUCCUGCACUUCGCACGGUUGGGAAUAUUGUAACAGGAGAUGAUAUACAGACUCAGUGUAUAAUCCAACAUGGUUCUCUUCCAUGCCUGCUGAGUUUGUUGACCCAUAAUCAUAAAAAGAGCAUCAAGAAAGAAGCUUGCUGGACGAUCUCCAAUAUUACUGCUGGAAACAAGGAACAGAUUCAGGCUGUAAUUGAGGCUGAUUUAAUUGCUCCUCUCGUCAAUCUGCUUCUAACUGCUGAAUUUGAUAUAAAGAAAGAGGCAGCUUGGGCAAUUUCGAAUGCUACUUCUGGUGGUACUAAUGAGCAAAUCAAGUUCUUGGUAAGUCAGGGAUGCAUAAAGCCUCUAUGUGAUCUCCUUGUAUGCCCUGAUCCAAGAAUUAUCACUGUUUGUUUAGAAGGGCUAGAGAACAUCUUGAAGGUUGGGGAAGCUGAGAAAAACUUGGGUAAUACUGGAGAUGUUAAUUACUAUGCUCAGUUGAUAGAUGAGGCUGAGGGAUUAGAAAAGAUAGAAAAUCUACAGAGCCAUGACAACAAUGAAAUUUAUGAGAAGGCAGUGAAGAUUCUCGAGACCUAUUGGCUGGAGGAGGAAGAUGAGACAUUACCUACAGGUGAUGAUUCUCAGCCUGGAUUCAACUUUGGAGGAAAUGAUAUUCAGCGUCCUUCUGGUGGAUUCAACUUUAGCUGAAGAGAUUGCAGGAUUUCAGUUUGGGGGAUGGAGGAGUUCAGAUUAAGGGCAACAAAGUAUAUGUCAGUGUCAAGUCAGGUCAGGGCAGGGCACCUCACUGUGUCUUGUUCAGUCUGGUCCAGUGUCUGUUGUGGUUGAAGAGAUGUCAAGAUGGGUCAAUUUACACAUUGGUGGUCAAAUAAAGAAGAGGUCCGCGGGAUAGUGUUGAGAAGAUGGCUUGGUGGGGCAUUGCAUGGUUUUAGGCCUUCGUCCACCAUGGAGUAAUUAUUACUGGGAGAGGUCUCAAGGGGGGAUCAUUGUUGCAUAAGGUGGGGUCCUGAAUGCUACACCAGAGUCUUCCAUCUGUUCUUAUGCUGCAUCAAUCUUCAUCAGUUAUGUGUCAUAAUUGAGAGUACAACAGAGUCCGUAUUCUUUAUUUCUUCUGCUGGGUGGAUAUAGUUUUUGUAACCCUUUAUUGCAUGGUUUAUCGCGAGAAAAGAAAAAACAUUUUACCUUAUGAUUUAUCUAUGAAGUCACAUAUUUGUUUCCCGGAGUUCAUUUUAUGGUAAUGCUUGUUAGUACUGUGUAUUCUUUGGUGAAAACACAAUGGUUGAAGCAGUGUUAAAAAUUCACAGCUCUUUGAUUGUUUUAGAAA